AUGGCGGACCUUGCCGAACCAAACAAGCGCGCUCCUCGCUCUUGCCACCGACGAACGUCGAGUGCUACAAGCAUCGACGUACCUCUAAUCUGGUCCUCGUACUGCCUUGGUCUUCGGCAACGCGAAGCCGCAGAGGCGAGGUCCGCAGAAAUCGUGGACAAAUGGCUCACCAAGCGCGUCACUGUCGCGUCAGCGGCUGUCGCGCCACCCUACAACACCCCUGUCACUCCCAGUGGUGCUGUUAGCCAGCCGGAGCCUCCCACACCGGCCCUCUUGCAAGAUUCACCCUCCUCACUUCCCCAGUCGGCUCGGCCUGCUGGUUCUCCCGAACCAACUUCCGUGGAACUCCCCGUGAGCUCCGAUGAGGAAGAUAUGGAUUUGUCUGCCUCUCGGAAACGCGGCCGCGACAGCGAUGACGAGGGUGACACCCCAGAGCAGUUGAUGGGUUCCACUGCCCUCCCAGAGAGCAAGAAGUCAGCGCCUGUCUCUCCUUGCGCCACAGCUGAGGACAAGACUGCCGCUUCAACCGCAUCUGCAACCAGUACCGCGGUGCCCGAUCCUGCCAUUCGUGACAGAGACUGCACCCCCGGAGAUGCUGUGAUUGCCCAUGCAACGGAUUCACUUGUAGACACUCCUGCCAAGUCUACCACAGGGGCCAAGGCAAUCUCGGAGUUUCCCCAGAAACCUCCACUACUGGCUGCCCUCGGAAAGACACCAGCUGCGAAGGUGACAAGCGGCAAGCCACAGAGCGCAGCUGCCUUCCUGAAGGAUCCGCCAGCUCAUCCAACAAAGCGCCUUGCCUCGAAAAAGAAGAAGGGCAAGGGGAAGCGACGGAAAACUCCAGGUAGCCUGCAGCCUCCAGCGACUGCUACCACCUCGGCCCCAGCGGCUUCUCCGCAGCAACAGGCGCCACUGAAGGACGCUCCCACCAGUCCCCAGAUCGCACUCUCCCCGCGGCGGCACCCAUGA